CAGAGCUCUGCGAUAAGGAAGAGGGAUGGCAACUGUUUCAUGCUCAUGGCUUACUCUUCCCUCCAAAAUGAGAACCCUUUCGCUUACUUCCACUUCUUCUCCAGCUAAUUCCGCUUCUCUUAGCUUUUCCAGAAGUCUUUCUUAUAACGUCUUCUCGGAAGGUUGCUUGUCACUGAGCACAUUACAAAGUAGGUCGAUUCGGCAUUCCGUGGUCUGUGACGCAGCUCCGAAGCGAAAGGCCGAUUCGGCUGCAAAGAGAGCUCGCCAGGCCGAGAAACGCCGGGUUUAUAACAAGGCCCGAAAAUCCGAAAUCAAAACCCGCAUGAAGAAGGCUACAUAUGGGGAUGCUGCUUAUAAAUAUGAUUGUGAAAUCGCGGUGGUUUAA